UGGUGCUUCUCUUCUCCCGCUCAGUGGCGGCAGCUCGGUCCUGGGUGGUUUUGGUUUUGAGAUGUCCCUGCGCGCGGGUCCGCGCCUGCCCCUGGGCGCUUUGGGCGCUCCGGGCACGUUGGGCGCUGCGGGCGCUGGCGCUCGGCGCAUCUCCGCCCCGCGACCGGAGCCAAACGUCGGGUCCAGUUCGACGAAGGUUGCAGGAGCAGGCGCCUUCGGGCUCGGCCUGGCCUUCGCCUUCCGGCGCUCCGCGAGGAGCUCGGCUCCGGUCGUGCGGCGCGGCACGGCGGCCGCGCAGGUGGGCGAUGCGGAGACGCCCUCCAACGCCAUCGAGGAGUGGCUCCUGACUUUGGAGCUGCCCACGCCUUUGAAGCCGAUUCUGGGCUCCUCCGCCUGGGCCUCCUUCGCGGCGUCCCUGGUGCAGAUGUUCGUGGUGGCAGGCCUGGCGGCCUUGGGCACGCUCAUCGAGCAGGGAGAGUCCCCAGCCUUCUACGCUCAGAAGUACCCUGAGAGCUCGGGGGUGCUGCUGAUGCUGGGCUUCGACCACAUGUACAGCUGCCCGAUCUUCCUGGUGCUGCUGGUUUGGCUCGCGGCCUCGCUGAUCGCGUGCACGGCGACCACGCAGCUGCCGCUGGCGAAGCGCGCGCAGCGCUUCACCUUCCACUCCUCGGAGGCCAUGAAGCGACGAGGUAGCUUCCUGAUGCGUGUCAACUGCCCCGCGAGCGAGGCCGCUGAGGCGGCGGAGGUGGGUACGGGCGCCCGCCUGCUGCGGCUGCGGGAAGAGUUGCAGCGCCGGGGGUUCGUGGUGCGCUCGGACCAGGAGGCAAACCCUGGCCAGCUGGCAGCCUCCAGGGGUUUGCUGGGCAAAUUCGCGCCCAUGGCGGUGCACCUGGCGCUGCUGCUGAGUCUGCUGGGGAACACCGUGGGCCUCGUCUUCGGCGCCUCCAGCGAGGUGCUCAUCGAGGAGGGCGGCUACGCGGACGUGGGCCAGGUGUUGGACGGCGGCCGCCGGAUCAAGGGGGCCUUGAGCAAUCUGAGCCCCAACAAGGGGCUCAUGGAUGCCACCAACGUCAAGGUGGAAGACUUCCGAAUCGAGUACAAAGAUGAUGGGACCAUCGAUCAGUUCUAUUCCAAGCUCGCAAUCGAAGAUGCCAAAACGAAUGAGCGACUCUACAGCGAUGAGAUUUACGUGAACAAGCCGCUCCGGUACGGAGGGGCCACGAUUUACCAGGCGGACUGGGGCAUCGACCGGAUGCAGAUGUACCUGAACGGAUAUCCCAUCGUGGUGCCCUGCAAAGCUCUGCCCGUGGAGGACGGCGAGCGCUCGUGGGCGGCGUUCCUGCCACUGGAGCUGGUCGCUGCCAAGGACCCGACGACUGUGAAGCAGAUCGCCAAGCCCAAAGAGGGUAUCGUCAUGGUCCUGAACAACAUGCGCAACGUGCAGGUCUACGGCUCAGACAAGACCCUGGCGGGCGUGCUGCGGUCGCCCCAGGCCAAGGUGGAGAAAAAGAUGGAAGGCAUGCCGAUCCAGUUCGGUGAGGAGAUCUCCGUGGAGGGCAGCCAGCUGCGCCUGGACCGCAUCGUGGGCUCCACCGGCCUCAUCGUCAAGAACGAUCCCGGCGUGCCGCUGGUGUACGCAGGCUACGCCUUGCUGAUGCCGGCCACCCUCCUCAGCGUGCUGCCAUUUGUGCAGGUCUGGGCGGCCAUCAACAAGGAUGACCAGACCCAGAUUCUGGUCACCGGACGCGCAAACCGCAACCAGCUGUCGUUCGAGGACGAGGUGAAGGCUGCAGUAUUUUCGGUUGCCAACUGAGUGCGCAAGCGAACGCGCAACCCGCGAGUAAGGCUGCGCAAAGC